CAUCAUGAGCAAGUGAGCUCUUUUCUCCUGUUUCUUCUGGUAUAAAUAAUGGGUCUUCUUCUUCUGUCCUCAUUGAAUUGCUGUUCUCAAAGUUUGUAGCUUUCCUCCAUAUCUGUUCAAUCGGCAUAGAUAUUAUUAUACAUCCUCUUCUUCAGAUAUGAUGUCAGAAGUGGGAAGCCCUACAAGCCAGGAUAGCAGAAACUCUGAGGAUGGUGAUAGGGAGAACUGUGCUGUGAGAGAGCAAGAUAGGUUCAUGCCCAUUGCUAAUGUCAUCAGGAUAAUGAGAAAAGUGCUCCCUACUCAUGCCAAGAUAUCUGAUGAUGCGAAGGAGACCAUUCAGGAAUGUGUCUCUGAGUACAUAAGCUUCAUCACCAGUGAAGCAAAUGACCGUUGUCAAAGAGAACAGAGAAAAACCAUAACUGCAGAGGAUGUACUGUGGGCCAUGAACAAAUUGGGUUUUGAUGAUUAUGUUGAGCCCUUGACUAUUUAUCUGCAAAAGUACAGAGAAAUUGAAGGUGAUCAUAGAGGGUCUAUCAGAGGGGAGCCCCUGCCAAGGAAAGAAAUGAAUGCUCUUGCAUUGUCUGCUGGUUUUCAAAUGAGUCAUCAGGGCCUUUAUGGAGCCUCAGGACUGGGAUAUUACAAGGACUCAAUGCCAAGUUCAAACAUUAACUAUGAUCCUUAUGCCCAGUAUAAGUGAAAUUGAAUCAAACUGAGCAAUUGUCUUGAGUUUCAUUUUGUCAAUUCCCUAAAGGCUCUGUUGCAGAACAGGAGCUGCACCUCUUUCAAGUGUGAAGUAUAUAAUCUAUACUGUUUCUAUGAUACAAUUAUCUACUCGUUGAUAGAGUGGGUGGGUAUGCAAGAAAAUGUUGUGUUUAUUUGAGCUGGUUGCUUAAUUUA